CCUAACUCCUCUUUCACGUAAACAGUGAAAGUCGAACCAUUUCAACUCCAACCAUGAAGCUCAUCGAAGCCAUUGAACAGCACAAGCGUAACUUUUCUCACCCGUUCUUCAGUUUCGAAUUCUUCCCACCAAAGACAGACCAAGGUUUUGAGAACCUUCUUCCCCGUGUCGCCCGCCUCGCUCAGCUCAAACCGUUGGCCAUCAGUAUUACAUGGGGUGCCGGAGGAAGUACAAAGGAGCGCAGCAUGGAUCUGGCUGGGCUGACACAGAAGGAAUAUGGACUGGAAACCCUCUUGCAUAUAACAUGCACGAAUAUGGUGCAAGGAAUGGUGGAUGAUGCGCUGAGAGUGCGUGCUCACUAUUCGGUCCAUCUGGCACAAGCUCCCAGGUCGCUCAUGCUGAUCAAAAGGAAGCGAAGAGCAGAGGCAUACAAAAUAUUCUAGCACUCCGAGGAGAUCCACCGCGAGGAAAAGAAGAAUGGAUGCCUGUCGAUCCUCGAUUUCAGCACGGUGUUGAUUUGGUCUCUUACAUUCGAUCGAUUCCCGAAUUCUCGGCUCAGUUCUGUAUCGGCGUCGCUGCAUAUCCUGACGGGCAUCCCGACAAACUUGUCGAUGAAGCUACUGAACUCACGUAUCUGAAGGAGAAAGUAGACGCUGGCGCAGAUUUCAUUGUCACGCAGCUGUUUUAUGAUGCAGAACAUUUCUUGGGUUGGGUCAAGAGAGUUCGGGCUAAAGGGAUCACUGUUCCUAUCAUACCAGGAAUCAUGCCGAUACAGACCUAUUCGUCUUUUGUGAGGUUGAUCAAGCUAUGUGGGUCCAGUGUCCCGGAAUCUGUCAUGGAGAAAAUGGACAGUAUCAAGCACGAUGAUCAGCUCGUCAAGGAUUACGGUGUCCAACUAGCUGUGGAGACCAUCCAGCGUAUAACGAUGGACGGUUCCAUAACCGGUGUUCACUUGAGUACAUUGAACCUCGAAAAAAGUGUUCAGCGGGUUCUCGAGGUAUUACAAUGGACGGAUGCCAAUAAACCUAUACAUCAGCAUUCACAGAAUCGAUUAAUCGAGGAAGUCAAGGGGGAUUCUGCACGUUCCAUCUCACCGUCGACGGCUGUAGACGCAGCUCGACAGGGCUUGUCCACUCUUCCUAAAACUGACAAAGAGGCCGGCAGCGGAGAGCUCAAUAAAGCUGAUUCUUGGGACGAUUUUCCGAAUGGACGAUUUGGUGACUUUAAGAGUCCGGCCUUCGGUGUUCAGGAUCCGUGGGGUAACGCUGUUGUUAUUACAUCGGAAGUCCUUUCAGAUUGGGGCUCCCCCAAGUCCAUUUCCGAUUUGACGUCCCUUUUCCUGAGACAUCUCCAGUCAGAAAUUGCCACUACUCCAUUCUCGCCAGGUCCUUUGUCCGAGGAAUCUCAAUUGAUCCUUCCUCAUCUGGAAAAGCUCACGAAACGUGGUUGGUGGACAGUCGGGUCCCAGCCUGCGGUUAACGGGGCAAAAUCGGAAGAUAUCGUUCUUGGGUGGGGACCGAGGGGAGGCUAUGUGUUCCAAAAAGGGUUCGUAGAAUUUUUCUGUGGUGAAAAAGAUGUGGAGAGUAUAGAAAGGAAAGUGGAAGAGAAAGGCGGCGGAUGGGUACAUUGGUUUGCGGGGAACUGGAAGGGCGAGUGCCGCAGCAAUGUCCCUGAACAUGGCAAGAACGCUGUAACAUGGGGUGUUUUCCCGGGCCAAGAGAUUGUUCAGACGACCAUUAUUGAAAGAGAUUCGUUUUUAUCGUGGAAGGAAGAAGCUUUCUCGAUUUGGAGUACUUGGGCUUCGUUUCAUCGACCCGGCUCUCGAGAACGAGAGCUGUUGGAUCGGGUUCGGCAAGAGAUGUGGCUUGUGAACGUUUUACAUCACGAUUAUCAAGAUCAUGAAGCGCUUUGGCGAUUCAUCUUCGAGGAUUAGAGUGUGACUUUACCUUGCCACGCCAGCUGAUCUUUCACUGCUUAGAAUCUAGAUUGAGUGCUUCCGUUUCGAUAAUUUAGUUAAUCUGACGAUAAUACUCUUGACCAUGCCAGACC